AUGAAGUGGACAGCGCUCGCCCUCUCGGCCUUUGCCGGCUUGGCCGCAGCCCACGGCGACCAAGCGAUGCCUCACAUUGUCGGCGAUAGGCAGCUUGCGUCGGAGCUCAGGGCCCGAGGCUUCACCGGCCAUGGUGGCCACGGCCACGGCGCUCACAUGCACGGGGUGCCUCUGGGGAGACGGAGCGUCUCUGAGCUGAGGGCACGCCAGAACGUGGACGGGCAGUGUGGCCCUGGCUUGGGGAAAUGCGCUGCCGGAUACUGUUGCUCGAGUGCUGGAUGGUGCGGGCAGGGCAAUGAUUAUUGCGCGGCUCCUGACUGCCAGAUCAACUACGGGCCGGGCUGUGAUGCCCUCAAAGUGCCAAAAGGGUCCGACACCAGCGGUGUAGCCAGGACCAAGGUUGGGAAUGUGCCCUAUGGUGGCCUGGGAAUCUACGACUGCGUCAACAAUGGCGAUAUUGCCAUCACUUACGAUGAUGGACCAUACCUGUACACCAACGACCUACUCAACACUCUCAAGAAAUACAACGCCUUUGCCACCUUUUUCAUCACAGGCAACAACCUUGGAAAGGGGCAGCUCAACGACCCCGCCACCCCCUGGCCGGCCAUCCUCAAGCGCAUGGCGGCCGAGGGCCACCAGAUUGCGAGCCACACAUGGUCUCAUCAAAACGCGAGCCAGCUGAAUGCAGCCCAGAUGAAGGAGCAGAUGAUCUAUAACGAGAUCGCCAUCGCCAACGUGCUAGGCUACUUCCCCACCUACAUGCGGCCGCCGUACUCCAUCUGCGAGAAGCUGUGCCAGACCACCCUCAGCACGCUCGGAUACCACGUCAUCUACUUUGACCUGGACACCGAGGGCUAUCUGAAGGACUCGGCGACCCAGAUCCAGGGGUCCAAGGACAUCUGGGACGCUGCCGUGGGGCCGGCCAACCCGGCCACGACCUCGUUCCUUCACAUCGAGCACGAUCUCCAGUUCCAGGCCGUGUACAACCUGACCGAGUACAUGCUGAUCUCCCUCAACAAGAAGGGCUUCAAGUCGGUCACCGUGGGCGAGUGCCUGGGCGAUGACCCCAAGAACUGGUACCGCUCCCUGGACAAGCCCGUCCCGGCCUACCCGCCCCCGGGCGUGUCCACUGGCGCCCCCGGCCCCACGAACGCGGCCAGCUCCUCGGCAAACGCCGCCACCGCCUCCACUUCGGCCUCGGCCUCGGCCACCGGCUCGGCCACCAGCAGCGCCACGAACCCCCUGGGCACCCUCAAGGCCAGCGUCGACGGCAACUGCGGCAACGGCAUCACCUGCAUCGGCUGGGCAGACGGCAGCUGCUGCAGCCAGCACGGGUGGUGCGGCGGCGACGACAACUACUGCGGAGUCGGGUGCCAGCCGGCCUUUGGGACCUGCGGCGGCGGCGGCGGCGGCGGUUCCUCGGCCGGCUCCUCGGCGACUGCCGCUACCGCCUCCAACUCGGCGUCGGCCACUAGCGGCGCCGCCAACCCCCUGGGCACCCUCAAGGCGAGCGUCGAGGGUGACUGCGGCAAUGGCGUCAGCUGCCUCGGCUGGGCGGGUGGCAGCUGCUGCAGCCAGUACGGCUGGUGCGGCGCCGGCGACGGCUACUGCGGCGACGGCUGCCAGUCGGCCUUUGGAACUUGCGCCAACAGCCCGGCCGUCUCGUCUUCGGUUCCCCUGACUCCUGACGGCGGAGCUGCGUCGAGCACUGCCAGCUCUUCUUCCUCUUCUUCUUCCUCCUCCGCCGCGUCUAGCGUUGCUAGCUCGUCGUCGACCGUGUCUGCCGCUGCUUCUUCGUCGGCAACGACCUCCUCCCAGGCUGCUGGUGGCGGUAGCAGCUCGUCGUCAUCGUCGUCGUCGUCACCGUCGUCUACCUCGGUGAAGCCCACAUCAACUGCCCAGACCAGCACCACAUCAACCACGGCCAAGUUAAGCACCACCUCGACGACGGCCAAGGUCAGCCCAACGCCGACGUCGACCGCCAUCAAGGUCAGCACCAACGGGAACUGCGGCAAGGCGGCGGGCAUGACGUGCAACGGCAGCAAGUACGCGCCCUGCUGCUCGUCCAAGAACAAGUGCGACUGGAGUUGCUUCACCGGCUGCCAGAAGGCGUACGGCUGGUGCUUUUAA